CGCCAAUUACUCUAAAAGGUCACGUCAAUCCACCUCUAAUCGGAGCUGUGAAGUUAUUAUCUCCAAAAUUAGGGCAAGGGUUUUCAAUUCCAAGGAAAUCAAACUAGGGUUUUGGAUAAUGGGAAGGUACAGAAGCCGUAGUCGGAGCCCUAGCAGAAGUUACAGUCCCGUAAGACGUAAACGCUACGACGAACCACGUGACCGGCGCCGAGACCGUCGCUCUCCGGGACCUUGUGGCCUUCUCGUUCGUAAUAUCUCCCUUAGGGCCAGGCCGGAAGAUCUUAGGGUCCCCUUUGAACGUUAUGGUCCCAUAAGAGAUGUUUAUCUGCCCAAGAAUUACCAUACUGGGGAACCACGAGGAUUUGGCUUUGUGAAGUUCCGUUAUGCUGAAGAUGCAGCUGAAGCAAAAGCACACUUAAACAGUACAGUUAUUGGUGGUCGUGAAAUUAGGAUUGUUUUUGCAGAGGAGAAUCGAAAGACCCCUCAAGAAAUGCGCAAAGUUUUACGCACAAGUGGACCUAGUGCUCGAGGUAGCUACAGGAGACACAGUCCACCAAGUCGCAGAUAUCACUCUUACUCGCGCUCGGCUUCCCCAGCAAGACGUGACUCAAGGGACAGGGAUCACGAGAAUCAUGAUGAUGAUUACUACUCUCCAAGGAGAUCCAGGUCAAAGUCUCGGUCUAUUUCUCCAAGGGAUGAAAGCAAUUGUAGGUCGAAAGGAAGAUCUUCAAGGCAAUCAAGACCAAUGUCAAGGUCAAAUUCUCCACGCAUUCAGAAAAAAGGCAGAUUCAGCAUGAGUCCAAGUGAUAAGAGUCAGAUUGCUCAUGAUGUGGACUCUGCCCCAAGGAGGCUCAAGAGUCCUGGAAGAAAUGGAGAUAGCUCAGCCAGAUCUCGCUCUAGGUCCUACAGUCCUUGACGGUUUGCUCAUUGUUAUCACCAUCUGCUGAUCUUUUUUGGAGGUCUUGGGAAAAGUAUCUGCAAUAUCUUGGUCUAGAUGAUUGGACACAUGCGAACUAUAAUAGAUUACAACCUAUAGUUACAUCUGUUAUGUUUGUGUUUUGUUUGUUUUUGUUUUAUUUCACUCUAAACCGAUGGACUAUUGUAAUAUAGCAGAGUCGUGGGUUAACAAUGGUUAUUUUCUGUUUCUGUCA